AACGUUUGCAGAGCAUCUUGCCUCGCCUCUGCCUUGUGAGGAGGAUCAUUCCCAUUUUAUUUCCAUAUUUCCACUUCCAGUUGAGAAGAUGUAAACCCCAGGAUGGAGGCCACUGGAGGCAUGGUGUCCACUCCCAAAGCCCUGCCCUACUUUGUGGCUCUGUCCCAGAUUCUGGGCCUGACUGUGGUGGCUAUGACCGGAGCAUGGCUUGGCCUCUACCGUGGUGGCCUUGCCUGGGAGGGUGCUCUUCAGUUCAACGUGCAUCCACUCUGCAUGGUCAUAGGCAUGGUCUUCUUGCAGGGAGAUGCACUGCUAGUUUACCGGGUCUUCAGGAAUGAGGCCAAGCGCACCACAAAGAUCCUGCAUGGGCUGCUGCACAUCUUCGCCCUUAUCAUCGCUUUGGUUGGACUAGUGGCUGUGUUUGAAUAUCACAAGAAAAUGAACUACUCUGAUUUGUAUAGUCUGCAUAGUUGGUGUGGGCUUCUCAUCUUUAUCCUAUAUUUCAUGCAGUGGCUAAUGGGCUUCAGCUUCUUCCUGUUCCCUGGAGCAUCAUUUUCUCUUCGAAACCAGUAUCGCCCGCAGCAUAUCUUCUUUGGGGCCACCCUCUUCCUCCUUUCUGUGGGCACAACCCUGCUGGGUAUCAAGGAGGCACUGAUAUUUGGGCUUCAGAACAAGUACAGCAUGUUCCACCCCGAGGGCAUCUUGGCCAACAUAUUGGGCCUGCUGCUGAUCUGCUUUGCCGUAGUUGUGCUCUAUAUCCUGACUAGAGAGGGCUGGAGCCGGCCGCCCCGGGCUGAGGAGCAAGCACUCUCCAUGGACUUCAAGACGCUGACAGAAGGGGACAGCCCCAGCUCUCAGUGAUGGUUGUAGCUAGCCAUGAUGGGGUGGGAAAUGGGUAGUGGUGGGAAACCUCUUCAGUUCCAUGUGGGUGUUGGAACAUGUCUUUUUAUUCCCUCCUCCCCAUUGUGGUCAUCCUGCUAUCCCUUUGAGAAAUCACAGAAUACCACUGAAGCUAUUCCUGGGCAGUAGCAGGAUCCUAAGGUAAAGGUGCCCCAGAAUUGACAACGGGCAUUAGUCAGUGGCAUAGUCUGAAUGCUGCCCUGGUUGUUGGAGGCUUAGCCUCUCUCUCCCAGCCUUCCCCUUGUCUUUUUGCUUUCCAUCUCUAUACCUCACCUCUUGGCAAAAUUAGUAGCAUGCUGGCCUUGUGGAGCUCUUCCUACCCUCAGGAGCUGGCCCAGGAGCAGGGGAGAGAGGAUGAAGGAUUCUUAAAGAGACUUAUCAGUCAGAAAGGAGGCUCAGCAUUCAGGUGCUUAAUUAACCAGGUCUUUUAGAGCUGAAAGGGAAACACCAUUAUUUUAUAGACGAGGAAAGUUAAGAAAGUGAUGCCUGAAAGUCAUCUAAUUAUAGCUGGUGUGCCAUUGGCUCUUCUGGUGGCUUUAAAGCAAUGCUUCUAAAGCUUUUUGGUCUUAACACCCCAUUACUCUCUUAAAAAUGGCGUAAGACCCCCCUAAAGAGCUUUUGUUUAUGUGGGUCAUAACUGUGAUAUUUACUAUAUUAGAAAUUAAAAUGCCUUGCUAUUACAAAAAUACCUCAUGACAUUUGACCUCGUAGACAACCUGAAACGAUCUCAGGCACCACUGAGGUCCCUGGACCACAGUUUGAGAAGCAGUGCUCUAAAGUAUGCAGAUAUUUUCAAGAAAAGUCCCCUGUUAGGGAACUGGGGCCCUGGGUUCUGAUUUCCUUGGCUAGGAAGCCUGACUUUGGGAGAAGCUGUAGAGCUUUGUAUUGCUAAGAUAGAGGUUGGUUAGAGAUGCUGGGCCUAGCAUUGAGGACUACAAAGAGAGAGGGCAUCUGGUGGCUGGAGCAUGGGGAAAAGCACCAGGGGCCUCAGGUAUUCAUAAUUAGGCACUGAAGCCCAUUCUCUGGGCUUACACCAAAGUCAAACCAAACAUUCCGCUAUUCCAGACAAAGCAUCAGUCUUUGGCAGCGGAGAAACAAUUAAGAUCACAUGGAAAACCUAUUUGUUCUCAGGGCCAAGGUAUGGCCUUGAGACUCUUGUUCCUUUUUGUGCUACCCACCCCCCAGGACUGCUGUGGUGAUGGGCAGGUGUCGUUAUGUAUUUUUAAGCACCAUUGAGGUCUUAAAGUAUAGCUUUUUCUUCUUAAAAAAGAUAGGUCUAGUAGGGUGUGGGUUACUGGUUUUAGGAAUGUUUGCUCACAUGCUGUGUAGGAUAGGUUUUCUUGCAGCCUGCCUGAGUCUGGCCUUGGAAGGUGGUAGAGGCCUUUUCCUCUCCACUGGCCUGGAUCUUAUGAGUCCUGGGCACUGGGGAAGAGGCUGGCUGUUUGCCAAAUAAGCUUGACACUGCCCUAGAAAGGGAGACUGGGGUUACAAACCCCUAGAUCUUGAAUGAAAGGCUCCGGUUGUUAGAGAACGUGAGGUCUGGUACUGCUUCAUUCACCCUGUGAGCAAAGCUCCUGCCAAGGUGGUAUUGGAGCUGGCUUGGCUUCUGCCACAGGGUCAGACAGCUUCUCUGUCUUCUAGGAAGCAGGAGGGACAAAGUCAAAAUCGUAUUAGUCUUUUAAGAGUGUGAGCCCCCAGGUUUUAAAUCUGGUGUUCCACUCUAAAGCGUGUUGUGCUGUAAUCUGAAUCACUGUUUGGCCCAGGUCCAAAAAUAGCAUGAUUAGAGCAUGAGUCUUGGACUUGGCAAAUAGGUCCCCUUCACUCCCAGACCUUUUUUCUCUUUGCCUCUAGUUUGAACAACACAGCACAAUGUGUGGAUGCUUGUUUUACUCUUGACGAGUCUUUGAGGCGGAUGAACUUGGGCACUUGGUUUAAUGAAGAAAUAGUCUCCAGCAGCAGUGCAGGUAGUGUUUCCUUUAAGAGAGGCCGCUCAUUGUGAAGCUGGCUGUGCUCCUCUAAGUUCAGAUUUCCAUUAAAAAGGAAAUCUUUUCCAUAGGCCCGGGGUGUGGGUAGGAAUGCUUUCUUUCUCAAAUAAAUGAGUCACUCCUCCCGGCUGACAGCUGUUAUGUCUUUCCUCUCCCCCAGUCCUAUAGCCGGGGUUGCAUGUGAGCUCCUCCCUGGGGGGGCAGGGGGGCGCUCUUCUUUUCUUUCUUUAGGCCCUCGCCUGGUCUUUGUUUCCUAUGUGAUAGUAAUCCCUGAAUUGGAUUGAAAUGCCACAGUCAGGUACUGUGCCUGCCUAGGUUCUGCACUCACCUGGCACACUUGAACACCUAAUUUCUGUAUGGAAUUACAUCUUAGACAAAUUGCCAAAAUGUAAUUAUAUGAUCACUUUAAACAGAAUGACGAUUCAUAGGAAAAAUGGAGCUAAGUUAUAUUUUUCUCCCAAAGUUACUUUAAAGGAGCUUGAUUUUAGGUCAGUCAGGAGGCUCUCCAAGUCAAAAAAUUCUAGGGUAAUUCUUACAGGAAACAUUUGUCUCCACCUCCCUCCCUCCCCUCCUCCACCCCAACCCUAUUAUUUGGCUAGUAGUCAGUCUUCUGUGAAAUAUGUUUGUGUUGGUGUCGAAAACAGAUGAUUCAAUAAAUGUCUGCAGCAAA